AAACAUUAAACAAUGUAGGAAACUUCCAGCUGCAUAAAAUCUCAUUAUAGUUCAAACCUGCAGCAGAGCCUGCAUGCUGUGGCUUCUUAAAGCAGCAGGGGGCAGUAUUUCUUAGUAAUUCUUCAGUCAGGCUCAGGAUAGGCUCCGUGUGCGACCGUGUCCUCACUGUUACAAAACUCGUAUUUCUCAUUCCUCUGUAACAGUUAAGUUGUUUUUCUCUUUUUUUGUUGCCACUGAUUCCAUGGUAACACACACAUUUGGUGUUUGUGUGAAACAGUCUAACUUGUAUUAGGCUGACUGAUGAGCAAAAAAAAAAAAAGACUGGUCUAGUUCUACAGAUAAUGCUUGUGAAACUGGCUGCAGAUCUAAAACCAAAUGAACGGUGAGAGGUUUUGGACUGAUGUCUUAGCGCUCCCAUCGCCAAAAUCAAACCCCUAAUAAAGUAUAUUUUGGAAGAAUCAGUGCCAAGGCAGAUAGAAGCUGUUCUUGUGACCCAGCAACUUAAUUACUUUAUGUGCCACCUAUUUGUACUGUGACACAGUCAUCAAAUAAGAAUCUGAUACACAGGGACCUCCAUACCUGUGCAUCAGAUUGGCCAUACCUGUUGAUUUGCUUGAGUUCACGUCUGCUUCCAAUUAGAAGUGAUUAGAACCUUUCCCUGACUCUCAGUGGAGGAAAACCAGCAGAUCUACUGGCUCUUGUUAAGCUGAUUUACCUCAAGAUGAGUGCAGUUGCUGAAAUGACUGAGGAAGACAGUGUUUGUAUGCAGUCUGUUGACAUGGACUUGACUUGUGAUGUUCCCUCUGGCAACACUUCAUUCCAGCAGACUGAGACGCCUGGUGUAGCCGAACCGCAGACGAUGCGGGUUUAUCUCAGAGUGAGGCCUUUCUCUAAAGAGGAACUCUCUGACGAUGAGGAUCAGGGUUGUGUUGUGAUUGAGAGCAGCCAGACGGUGAUGCUGAAUGCACCCAAAGGUUCUGCCACCAUGAAGAGCAGUGAGAAAGGAAUUGGCAUGUCGCUCCGCAAAUUUUCCUUCUCACAGAUUUUCGGACCAGAGACGACACAGGCUGAGCUGUUUGAGAACACGGUCAAAAGCCAAAUGAGUGACUUUCUGGAUGGGAAAAAUGCAUUAAUAUUCAGCUAUGGUGUAACCAAUGCUGGGAAAACCUUCACAAUCCAAGGAACACCAAAAGAGCCGGGAAUACUGCCUCGAGUGCUGGAAAUCACCUUUCAAUACACUGAAGGACGUCAGUAUCAGGGAAUGGACCUGAAACCCUACCUCAGGAAUGAUGUGCAGUCUCUGGAUUUUGACCAAGUAAAGCAGGAACGAAGCAAUAAAGCUGCCAUAUUUGCUUCAGUUAAAGAAGAGUGUGAGCCUCUCAAAGUCAGUAUUUCUCUAGAGUCGUCUUCAGCCGCCUGUCUUUCAUCCUCUUCUUUAUCCUCCAAUCAGACAGUGUUAAUCAGCAGCCCAGCAGAAGCAAAUGACAGCCAGUUUGCCUUAUGGGUGGCCUUCUUUGAAAUCUACAAUGAGUGUGUGUACGAUCUACUCCAGCCAUCCGUGUGCUCCAAAUCCAAGAAACGUGCAUCUCUCCGUGUAUGUGAUGACGGUGCAGGAAAUGCUUAUGUUAAAGACCUCAGGUGGAUUAACAUCCAGAACCUGGGUGAAGCCUCCAAGCUGCUAAAGUUUGGGAAUAAAAACAGAAGUGCUGCAGCCACAAAGAUGAACCAGUCAUCUAGCCGAAGCCACAGCAUAUUUACCAUGAAGUUACUGAAGAUCAGUGAAGGGACAGUUGAAAGGAUCUCUGAGUUCUCUCUCUGUGACCUGGCUGGCUCAGAAAGAUGCAACAAAACAAAGACAUUUGGAGAGAGGCUGAAGGAGGCGGGUAACAUUAACAAUUCCCUCCUCAUUUUGGGAAAGUGCAUCACUGCACUCCGUAACAAUCAGACCGACAGAAUGAAGAGCAGCAACAUCCCUUUCCGAGAAAGCAAGCUCACCAAGCUGUUCCAGGCUUUCUUCUGUGGCAAAGGAAGCGCAUCCAUGAUCGUCAACAUCAACCAGUGUGCUUCUACCUAUGACGAGACUCUCCAUGUUAUGAAAUUCUCAGCUGUUGCCAAACAAGUGGUGCAGGUGAUCCCAGACAAGGCUCUCGAAUCUCUGGCUCCUUGUCUGGUGGGCCGUGAUGGGAAGCCUCUGGUGAGGAAUGGGGUGAUUGACAGUGAGGCCCUGGAGAGCUAUCUGUCUGAAGAUGAGCUGCUUGAUGAAGAAGAGGAGGCUGACAUGUCUUUGCUGCCACAGAGUGAGCUUUUGAAUAUCGUUGAAAAUCUAAGAACAAAACUACUGGCUGAGCGAAGAAGAAACCUGGUACAGGAACUGGAAAUUCGCAAAGAAAUGGGAGAUGCCAUGUUACAGCAGCUCAUGGAAAGUGAAGAACUCCGCAAUCGUCAGAUUGAAGAGCUGAAGGAGAGCUACCAGGAGAAACUGGAAAACACGUUUGAGAUGUACAAAGAUGCUAUGAAAGAACAUGCUUAUCAGAGCGCUAUGACCAAUCUGGAGAAUGACUACGUCCCGCUCGACGAGUUCAGUGCUGAGCAGGAGAAAGUUGAGGCCCUCAGACGUAAGGUGGCAGAGUUGGAGGCCUUGACUUCCAGCACCAGUGGAGGAGUUCCUGCUGCUCCAAGAGUGGAUCAGUCGAGCCAGACUGAACCAUCUAAAGAGGCAGAAGAAGCAGGAGAUGAUCGAUACCGACACCUUUACAAAGAAAAAUGUGCCAUAGAGAGGAUGUGUGAGGACAAACAGGUAAUUUUGUCCCUGGAGAAAAGGCUGAUGGAGCUUAAUGAAACACUAGAGAAGAUCAGAGAUGGCUUUCUGGAGAAAUUAGCUGAUCUAGAGGCUCUGCAGAAGACAUCUGCUGAUCUGACAAAAUCCAUGGAAGAGAUCAGAUGCCAAAAUGUAGAAAAGGACAAGGAGAUUGCCUCACUCAAGGCAGAAGUGGUCAAGCUCUCCCAGAAGUCCCCUGUGCAGCCCAAGACCAAGCGCGGUUUGCUCGCCAACAUUAGGGAGGCAGUCACGUCACCACGGAAGGGUACGUCCACCCGAACACUGAGGAAAACAGUCAAGACUGUACACAAUUGA